AAAAAUUUUGACAGAUACAUUUCUACGCAUGUAUCAACUAAAUCGGGUACGUGUGUGAUCGACCUACUAAUCAACUAAUUUCGUCGAAUCGGAUAUGUUGACUGAUUUCUUCGCCUAAUAAAUCGAAAAAGUAAAUUGGUUAACAUAGGGUGCAGAUUUGGUCGUUUGAUUAAUCAGUCAUUAUUUUUUUACAUUAUCACGUGUCAUUGUGAACGAUCAAUCAAUCCUCAGGCGGAAAAGAUUCUCGUGGUGUUUACAUAAAUACUGUCGAUUUACUAAAAAGUCUCUCUAGAAACCUAAAUAAAAUGACUAGUAGAUGGACUGUAUGGCGGAAUAAGAAAGAAUAUGAAUUAUUAUUUGAAUAGUUCAACAAGCUCAGAGGAAAGCAAUCGCAAGGAAAAGGCGAUAUUAAACCCAGCUCCAGAACAACGAAAAGAAUACUCGGAGCAGAUUCUACAACAAAACGACGAUAACGAUAUUGGAACUAGAGAAGUGAACCUUAAUAGCAGAGAUAACGAAGACAUCGGAAGAGAUAGUAUAGCACCGCUGAAAUAUAGACUUGCCUGGUUUGUAUCGGAUUAUCGUCUCAGUGUUGCAGCGACUAGAGCUCUGUUGAAAAUUUUACGUGAUAAAGGGUUCGACGUUCCCAUGAGCCGGAUGACGCGAUUAGAAACACCAAAUACUGUAUUACUUCCAGUUUUCAUAUCGCAGAUGAAAUUCGCAAGCUUAGUAACAACAUCACUUUUGUAACGGAUAAGUAAUUCGCGGCGCUGGUGAGUCAGGCAAAGGCAAGAGCGUACUCGCAGCGAAGCAGGAACGCGAAGAAAAAGAAGCCGGAAACUGCUAAAGACGCCUCAGCCAGACAAAGCUUGGCAGUUGUCGUUGAUGAACCUUCCAACGUAAAAGCACGUAGAGUGGAUGCGGCUAUGGCUUUGACUAAUCAGCAAGAUUCAACAUAUUCUGAGAAUGAAAUCGAUUCUCCAGCUUUUUCUCCCUUAAGAACAAAUUAAUAGAGAA